CUCAUUUUUGUAGAUAAAUUAAAUCGCGUAUGUUCUCUUUGAAGUAAACUGUUGAAAACUUAUUUAGCUCAGUGUCUGCGGAUCUUGCUUUUUUCUCAUCAAGUGCAGUGUGAAUUCGUAAUGUAAAACCCGUUAAACGUCGCCAAGCAGUAUGGUUUUCCAGCAAUCCAAUAAGUCUACAAACACGGGUAAAUUCCGUGCCGAUCCUCUCAGGUUCAAACGGAACGAGUCCAAUCAGCAACAGAGCAAUGACAAUCAAGUUAAGAGGCUGAUCAAUGAUGAUUUGGUUGAUAAAAAAUAUGGAUUUGAGAGGUACGAAACUGUUGGCGAGAGAACAGGCUUCCUCAUCAACAUGCGAGUGGCAACCAUUGUCAACGCGGAGGGAGCACUUGUCAGUGCCAUGGACUUCUAUUUCAUUGAAGAGGAUGGAUCUCGGUUUAAAGCAUCACUGCCGUAUCAGCCGUACUUUUUAGUCCUGGCCGACAGAGAAAAAAUAGAUGGAGUUGGAACCUACUUGACGAAGAGAUUUACAGGCAUGAUUGCGUCGGUGGAAACAGUCGUCAAGGAAGACCUGGAUUUGCCAAACCAUCUGGUCGGACUGAAACAAAAAUAUCUCAAACUGAACUUCAUGACAACAAAUGACUUGGUGAAAGUGCGUAAGGAGCUGGAUAAAAUAGUACAAAUGAAUAAAGAAAGGGAGAAGCAUGAUACUUACUACAUCAACCUGCUAACCUCAAGUCUGUCAAGAGAAGAUCACACUGAAAAGGACAUGCUAGCAGGUGGCAGCAACUUGGAUGCGCCUGGAUCGAAGACAAUCGGGGAAUAUCUUGAUUACAUCAGAGACAUUAGGGAGUAUGAUGUUGCAUAUUCCGUCCGAGUGUCAAUCGACUUGGAAAUUUUUGCCGGCCGCUGGUACACAGUCAAGAGCCAAGGCAGCACCGUGCCUCCUCAGAUUGUGCACAGACCAGACCUGAUUGAAUGGCCUGAGCCAAUUGUGCUCGCGUUUGACAUUGAAACCACCAAGUUGCCUCUUCGCUUCCCUGACUCAAACAGUGAUCAAAUCAUGAUGAUUUCCUACAUGAUUGAUGGACAGGGCUUUUUGAUCACCAACCGGGAAAUUGUGUCUGCGGACAUUGAAGAUUUUGAGUACACGCCCAGACCUGAUUUGGAGGGGAAUUUUUCCAUCUGGAACGCUCCUGACGAAAAGGGGUUGAUUGAACGCUUCUUUUCCCACGUCUUGGAAGUCAGACCUCACGUUUUUGUCACCUACAACGGAGACUUUUUCGAUUGGCCUUUCGUGGAGGCUAGAGCAAAAUUUCACGGCCUUGACAUGCAGCAGGAGAUUGGGUUUUCUAGAGGCAAUGAUGGAGUUUAUUCUUGCCGAGCCGCGAGCCACUUGGAUUGCUUAUGCUGGGUAAAAAGAGACUCGUACCUGCCAAUGGGUUCUCAGGGCUUAAAAGCUGUAGCAAAGGCCAAAUUGCGAUAUGACCCUGUGGAGCUGGACCCGGAAGAAAUGUGUCCAAUGGCUGUGAACAACCCCUCAGUGCUCGCGAGCUACUCUGUGUCCGACGCUGUUGCCACUUACUAUCUUUACAUGAAGUAUGUGCAUCCUUUCAUUUUCGCCCUGUGCACCAUCAUCCCUCGUGAUCCAGAUGAGGUGUUGCGGAAAGGAUCAGGCACUCUGUGCGAAUCGCUUUUGAUGGUUGAAGCUUACAGAGCCAACGUUGUUUUCCCCAACAAGCAGCAAGAGACUCUGAACAAACUCACUGCAGACGGCAGGCUUCUCGACUCAGAAACCUACGUUGGCGGGCACGUCGAGGCUCUGGAGAGUGGAGUUUUCAGAUCAGAUUUGCCCUGCAGAUUUCGACUGGAACCAGACGCAUUGCAAAUGCUCAUGGAUGGCGUCCAAAGGGCCCUUGAACACACACUGAUUGAAGAAGAGAAAAUUCCGUUGAGUGAAGUACUUAAUUUGCAAGAGGUCCACGAUGACAUUGUAAAUAUGCUCAAAGAUUUGCGUGACAAGCCAAACCGAAUUGAGACACCAAUGAUCUACCAUCUUGACGUUGCUGCUAUGUACCCAAACAUCAUUUUGACCAACCGACUGCAGCCUUCAGCCAUGGUUGACGAAAUGGUAUGCGCAGCUUGCGAUUUCAACAGGCCCAACGCCAAAUGUCAAAGGAGAAUGGUUUGGACCUGGAGAGGAGAACACUUGCCUGCCAGUUUGAACGAACUUCAGCGAAUCCGUGCACAGCUGGAAACUGAGCGUUUCCCUCCAGUAUUUCCCGGCGGUCGACCUCGAGCACUUCACGAGCUCAAUCCGGACGAAAGGGCCGCACUGGAGAAAAAGCGUCUCUCGGAAUACUGCCGCACUGCAUACAAAAAGACCAAGGUGACCAGAAUCGAGGAGCGCUGCACCACCGUGUGCCAGCGUGAGAACAGUUUCUACGUGGACACCGUUCGCGCGUUCCGUGACAGACGCUACGAGUACAAGGGCCUGAACAAGCUGGCCAAGAAGCAGGUGUCGCAGGCCAUCGCUAGUGGCGACAUCGCUGAGAUCAAGUCUGCCAAAAACAGAGAGGUGCUGUAUGACUCGCUGCAGCUGGCGCACAAGUGCAUUUUGAACUCGUUCUACGGCUACGUGAUGCGCAGGGGCGCCCGCUGGUACAGCAUGGAGAUGGCCGGAAUUGUGUGUCACACGGGCGCCAACAUCAUCCGCCAAGCGCGCGAGAUCAUUGAGCAGGUGGGCCGCCCGCUUGAACUCGACACGGAUGGUAUCUGGUGCGUGCUUCCAGCGUCGUUCCCCGAAAACUUUGAGAUCAGAACGAGCAACCCGAAGAAGUCCAAAGUGGUUGUGUCGUAUCCGAAUGCGGUUCUCAACUUGAUGGUCAGGGAAAAUUACACGAACGACCAAUACCAGACGUUGGUGGACGGUGACAACCUGAAAUACGAAACCAAGAGCGAGAACUCGAUUUUCUUCGAAGUUGAUGGACCUUACAGAGCCAUGGUGUUGCCUGCGUCCAAGGAGGAAGGAAAGAGGCUUAAGAAGCGCUAUGCUGUCUUCAACGACGACGGAUCUUUGGCCGAGUUGAAAGGUUUUGAGGUGAAGAGGAGAGGAGAGCUGCGGUUGAUUAAAGUGUUCCAGAGCGCGGUCUUCGAAGCUUUCCUCAAAGGAGACACGCUUGAUGAGUGUUACGCGAACGUGGCUAAAGUGGCCGACUACUGGCUCGACGUGCUCUACACCAAGGCUAGCAACCUGUCUGAUACUGAGCUGAUGGAUCUGGUGUCAGAAAACAGGAGCAUGUCCAAGAAACUGGAAGAAUACGGAGCGCAGAAGUCAACUUCAAUCAGCACUGCCAAGCGACUCGCUGAGUUCCUCGGUGACCAGAUGGUGAAGGACGCUGGCUUAGCCUGCAGGUUCAUCGUGUCGAAGCAACCAGAAGGGUCGCCCGUCACGGAUAGAGCUGUCCCCGUAGCCAUUUUCCAGGCGGAGGAGAGCGUCAAGAGGCACUAUUUGUGUCGCUGGCUGAAAGACUCAACGCUCGAAGACUUUGACAUCCGGUCAGUGCUUGAUUGGGGUUACUACAUUGAGAGACUUGGCGGCUGCAUUCAGAAGAUCGUUACGAUCCCCGCCGCAAUGCAGGGCGUUGCGAAUCCUGUGCCGCGUGUCCGCCACCCUGACUGGCUUCACAGGAAGUUGGCCGAAAAGGGUGACUCCAGAAAGCAAAGAAAAAUCGACGCCAUGUUCCAGAAACUUCCCCCUAGGGUGCAGGAUGAUUUGGAUGAGAAUGGGGAAAGCGCAGAAAUUGUUGAUGUUGAAGACUUGGGUCAACCUAAAAGGAACAGUCAAGGACCUGUAGUCGCAACUUGUACUAAGCGCAAAUUUGGAUCUACCGAUUCAUCAGAUGGAGCUAAAGACUGGCGCUCUGUUCUGGGCAACCCUCCUAAACCAGGGGAAGAUCUAGAAGAAUGGUUAGAGUAUCACAAAAAGAAGUGGAAAAUCAUGGCUGAUGAACGGAAACAAAUGAAGUUGCGAGCUAAACUCUCGGCGUCACGCACCAACCAGAAUACCAGUGGUAAGACCGUGAGCAACAAAAUUGCCUCGUCCAAAAGUGCGACUAGCACCAUUGGAGGAUUUCUGCGCCGAGCUCAGCACACGUUGCUGACUAGCACGUGGCAAGUAAUUCAACUUGCGCACACCAGCGAGCCUGGAGUGUUCAAAUUGUGGGCAUUGGUUGGCUCUGAACUUCAUCAGAUUCGACUGGUCGUACCAAGAAUUUUCUAUGUCAAUCGAAGAUCUCCCAUGCCUGAAGAAAGAGCCCACGAGGAGGGCUCAAUUUGGAGGGCCGUCAACCGAAACCUGCCGAGGGGCCAGCCUGUGAACCAGCUUUACCGUUACACUGUCCCUGAAGAGCAAUUCCAGAAAUACAGCGACAACCUUAUUGGAAAUCUAUCCAUGCCUGACAUCAUUGGUGUUUACGAAACACAAGUUCCAUUGGACUUCCGUGCGCUGGUGCAGUUGGGCUGCGUGUGUGGAGUUGCCAAAGGAUUCGAAGGCUUCGACUCGCAAGUCGGAGAAAACACAUUCACGCUAGAGCAGCUCCAUUCAAAGGGCCAGGAGAUGGGCCAAGGACCCUACCUCUCGUCGGGCUCAGUUCACGCGCUCUGCAUGUGCGUGUUCAGGGCUCCUGCGCCGAGUCCGCGCGCCCUGAUUUGCAUCAUCAUGCCGCCAACAAAGAAGGCAGUGUUUGUUGCUGUCGACAGUGUGCGCACUAAUCAGAUGCCCAACAUCAGCGCCUUGUACACUGCUGAGAGGAAUGCUAGAUUGAAUGACGGCACAGACAUGAAGAUGCUCCCUCCUCCCGAACUCGCUUACGAUGUCAAAGUUGAAACAGAUCUACGAAUUGCCUUCCGUCAAGUGCAAAGAGCCCUUCAGAGCUUCAAAGAGGACAAGAAAGGCCCAACAAUGAUUGCUCUUCAAUCCACCCUGAAUUUGUCUGACAUCAUGACCAUGAUGCCUGGCUUGUCUGAGUUCCCCGUGGUGCAGCUUCAGACGCAGACGCCAGGCGCUAAUUACGCAGAGUCGGACGAGAUGCUGACUCGACUCGACUGGCAGCGCCUUGGCACCCGUGCAAUGCUGAAGCGCUACUUGGACAUGCCAAUGGCGCUAGAGGUGCGAACGCGGCAGUGCAGGUACUUGCACCUGCCGCUCGGCAACCUGCCAGCCAUUGACAGUGACGCGGCGCUUUUUGCCACUGAUCUCAUGUUUUCGAGGCACUUGCUGAGGAACAACUUCAUUCUCUGGUGCUCAAACUAUGAAACUCCUGAUUUGGGCGGCAAGGAAGCUGAUGAUUACAUAAUGAUGGCUUCAAAUGAGGAUGUCAUGUCUAUCACGGUCAACAAUCCUGGCUGCUACACCACCGUGUGCAUGGACUUGAGCCUGCAGUCUAUUACAAUUGGAGCUGUUGUCCAAUCAGAGCAUAUCAACGAUAUUGAAGGAACUGGAUCGAGUGUCGCUUUUGACAGAGCUCAACCAGUUUCCGUGAGUUCCUUGGCAGGUGCAAGCAGUUCUGUUGGGGGAGCUGCCUCGGUCUCUAGCGAAACGUCAACCUCGAGUGGUGCAAUGCGAAUUAUGAAAAACAUGGUCGCUGGCUGGCUGAGAGACUGUAUUGUACACAAAAAUGUUUUCUCUGACGUCCAGCUGGUUCACUUCUACCAUUGGCUCUGCUCUCCCCACACGUUGCUUUAUGACCCUGCUUUGCGGCAGGCAAUCCAGCUCCUCUCGAAGAAGCUGUUUUUGCAGCUUGUGGCUGAGUUUCGACGCAUGGGCAGCUCAGUUGUAUUCGCAAACCUCAACAGAAUCAUCAUCAGCACCAAAAAAACGAAUAUCGUGGAUGCUGUAACCUACACCAAUUUUGUGGUCGAUAGCAUCUCAAACAAGGAACUCUUUCACUGCGUCGACGUCAAGUUCAAGGACUGCUGGCAGUACCUUUUGUGGCAAGGACCGACAAACUACGCUGGAGUGAAAGGCAAAGUGACCGACGACAUGAUGGAGGAGCAAAGCAUAAUGCAGAAAUCCCCUGUCAAGAGCCAGCGAGGCAUGGACGAAAUCGAAGAAGAUGAGGAAGGCGACGAAGAGGGCAGUGAUGGUGAAGCCUCAGAAGAGCCUGAAAUCGAGAUGGAGUGGAGUCUGGCCAUGGGGCUGCCCAACGAGGCAGGCUGCAGAGAGAACUUCAACGCGCUUGUCGCUGGCUACGUGAGCGCCACGUUCAUGAAGCUCCUGGAGGCCCAGGUGAGCAGGGUUGGCCAAGAGGACACUCCGGUUCGCAAAAGGACCAUGUCGCAAGCCACCCCUCUUGGUUCUGUCCAGCAAUCGGCAGCGGAUUACGCCAAGAGUCUUAUCAGUGGUGACCUGGGGCAGAAACUCUACCACAUUAUCGACCAGCUCAACAGAAAGCUUCCUGGAAACUUAGGCCGCUUCAAGGGUAAGGAAGCCAAUUACCUGACGACGAUGAACAGUGAGCUCGGGUCUCCAGCUUUGGAGUUCACAAAGGCGAUUUGUAAAGUGCUGGAAUUGGACAGCACAGUCCAGAUAGAGGUUGGUGCUCUUAGGCGGAACAUGCUAAGGCUGAUUGGCGUCAGUGAAUUCAGCGACCAAGCCGAGUGGAAAGACCCAUGUGAUUCUGUAGUCUUGUCAGACGUCCUCUGUCACAAUUGCAGCUUGUGCUUCGACCUGGACUUAGUGAAGAAUUGUUUGUGGCAGGACCUUGAAGAUCCAGAAGACAAAUCGUUGCCUUGGGAGUGUCCCGGAUGCAGACGAGGAAUCACGCCCACUGAAGUCGAGUUUCUGCUAAUUGAACAUUUCAACAAACGGAUGAUUUCAUACAAUUUGCAAGACCUGCAGUGCUCCAGGUGCCGACAGGUGAAAAUGGAGAAUAUGCCGUUGAGGUGUGCCUGCGCUUCGCCAUUCAUCACCUUGCAGGACCCCAAACAGUUUGGGAAAUACGUGUACAACCUGUCAUCAUUAGCCCAAACUUUUAAAAUGUCUAUCCUGUUUGAAACCAUGGAGUGGGCUACCACUAGGUAGUUACAGAUCCUUAUUUUUUUAGGUAUUUUUAUGCUGUUGGUAACUUAAUAAAAACUCCAAAUUAUUUUAAGAUUUAAAAA